AUGAAAAACAAUUUUCAGGAAGGUGAGGCAGAGGCACCGCCUCCAGAGCAGGCUCCACCCGAGGGAGCCCCCACGGAAGGUGCAGCCCCUCCAGGUGAAGCCCCACCUCCAUCCGAAGGCGCACCAACCCCCGAAGCUGGCGAAACUGUACCUCCUGCUGAAACAGCGCAACCGGUAGAAGGAGCACCACCUGCAGAAGGUGCCCCCGCCGAGCCAGCAGCACCCGUUGACGGAGCCCCGCCCACGGAGGGAGCCCCUCCGACGGAAGGAGCCCCACCCGUGGAGGGCGCUCCCUCUGAACCCCCGAAGCCAGAAGAACCCGCCAGCGGUGAAGCACCAGCUGAAGCUGCCGUAGCUGCAACAGAGGGUGAAGCACCUCCUGCUCAACCAGCAGCUGAAGGCGAAGCUGCGGCUCCUCCUAGCGGCGACGCUGCACCUGCAGCUCCCGCCGCCGAGGGUGCUCCUGCUGAACCCGCAGCCCCUGCUGCCGAAGGUGCUGAAGCUCCUGCAACCACAGACGCUGCCCCGGCACCAGAAGCAGCUGCAGCUCCACCUGCUGAACCUGCACCGGCUGCAGCCGCUCCUGCUGAAGCACCGGCGGAAGCUCCUGCAGCUCCUGCACCCUCUGAAGCUCCUGCGGCCCCUGCAGCUGAGCCUGUCGUGGAGGUGCCACCAGCUGAACCAGCGGCUCCUGUGGCCAUAGAAGCUGCAGCCUGAAGAUUAUCCUGCCAAGCUCCGGUUGUUCGCUUGUUUGUUCCAUUUGCUUACUGUCUACUGAUUUUCAUUUUUCUUUUGUUGUAGAAUAGCUUUAAAUAUAUUAUUUUUACCA